AUGGAUCAGCCAACGAACACGCAGACCCCGCACCAACACGAACCCAUCAGCUUCGGGAUUGAUCAGAUUUUAAACAGUUCCGACCAGGAGACCCCUUCCCAACCGGCCCCGCGAGGAUCAGACGUCGGCGGCGGCAGCGCGAAUUACCUGGGCAGCCCCGUGGGCAGCCGGACGGGCGCCCCGUACCCUUCUCUCCCAGGCGCCUUCCCUGGCAUCGGGGCGCCCUUCGAGGACUCUGGAUCUUACAGUGUGAAUCUCAGCUUGGCUCCAUCUGGCGUGAUCAGGGUGCCAGCUCAUAGACCCAUCCCUGGGGCAGUGCCACCUCCCAUUUCUAGUGCCAUACCAGCCAUGCCAGCUGUACCCAGCCUUGGCAGCCUCAACUUCCCCUGGAUGGAAAGCAGCAGGCGGUUCGUCAAGGACAGAUUCACAGGUAAGCGGAGGGGUGGUUGGGAUGCGAGCGGGAGGGAGGGGGGGUGUCUCAGAGGCACGACCCCGGGAGAAAGAGAGAGAAGAGGGAAAGAGGACGAACUUCAGCCCGCAAGUUCCUUUGGCAGCGUGUUUCCAAAGUGUCCGUGCUUCUAAAGAUUAUACUGAUAUAUGUGAAUAUACAUACAUACAUACAUUGCGCACACAGGCACUCAACCUCAAUAUCAUGCAGCUUCAACAGGGGGAAAGAAAUCUCCUUUAAAAAAAAACCCCAAUGCAAUUCAGUUUUGUGCGUCGUGUAGGGAGAGAUAAAUAUUCCAAUUUUGCUGAUGUGGAAUGUGUUUGUGUGUCUAAGUGAGGGAGACGGUUGAUCAGUUUGUGGUACCAAAUUGUGGUUUCAGUAUUUGGGCGGCCAGGACUGAGACGCAAACAUUCUACUUAUUCCCUUUUUAUGUUUGUUUCCUAGGGAUUUUCUUUUCUUUAAAAAUCACCGUAAAUAGUGACGGCCUGGAAAGCUGUCCCCGCGCCACUAAUCUGAAUCGACCCCCCGCGCUCAGAAUUCAAAGCCUCGAUUCUAAUUCAUGGUUUUGUGGGGCUGAUUUGUUUAAAUCGCAGUGUACAAGGAGAGAGGGGAAGGCGAGGGAAUCGCCGUGCCUAAUCUGAUUACAGAAUGUAAGAGAGGGGGCUGGAGGCGGAGAACAAGCAGCUAAAAACUAAAUGAGAAAGCUAGGGUGGUAAUUUAAAUAUCUUCGAAUCCAACGCGGAUUAGAUGAAGGACGAGGAAACGGGGAGAUGGGCAUGGUUAGAAAAUCCCCUUGCAAAUAAGCCCCCUCCCCUUAUGAGAGUGGUGGUGUUUCACUUCAGGGUGAAGGCAUUUAUUUGUGGAGAGAGGGGGGGCUUUAGUUGAGGUGCCCAUCAGCAAAUCUUAGGAUAAGCAGACAGAGAAAAUGAAUGUGAUAACCCUUUAAACUUGGAGAGGCACUAUAUUAAAUGUGAUUAUCAUCAUCAUCAUCACUUGCUGGCUUGGUGAGUAUAUUUCCUAGCCAGGAAUGUACUUAAUUUGGCCAGUUCCUGAAAACGAAAACUCUUAUUUCCACUAUUGCUUAACAGCUUCUCCUCCAUCCAUCCAUCUCUCUUUCUCUCUUCAAGGCUGUUCUUAGCCCGUCCCUGUUGUGGGUGGGUGAGAUGUUCUUUUUUUGUGUGUGUCUCUACACCACAUACCUUAACUUGCGCGCCCGCCUUCUCUGUGAUUCCAAAUUAAUGGGUCCAGAAUAACUUCGAUUCCCUUUCACAAAGUCUCUCUAGGGAGGGCUUGAAUCCCCACGUCACCCAUAAGUACGGACUGGAUGGGGGUGGGUGGUCAUGGGCGGGACAAGCCACUUUUGCCACCCGCCUAGUUACUGGGGAGGAAUGUCACCCAGCACUAAGAGAACUAAACUAAUCCAUGUUAAGCGCGCUUGAAUGGGCGCCUCAAGGCGCUCUCCUGCGCUGCUUUCUCUUACCAUGUCUAAGUGUCCAACUCUCCGGGCCUGCUAAGAUGCUUCCGAAGCGGAGUUUAUCGGCCAUCAAAGCACUGCUGGCUUAUAGAGGGAAGAGAAAUUACGCCCCUUUGCUCCCUCCCUCCCUGUGCUGCUCUGGGGCCCCCUAGCCUGGUUGGGGCAGGGCUCCCGUCUGUUUCUCUCUCUGCCCCCCGUUCCUUUGCGCGUCUCUCUCACCCUGCCGCGUCUUCUGUCCUAGCGGCGGCGGCGCUCACUCCUUUCACGGUGACGCGGCGGAUCGGGCACCCUUACCAGAACCGCACCCCGCCCAAGCGCAAGAAGCCGCGCACGUCCUUCUCCCGGGUGCAGAUCUGCGAACUGGAGAAGCGCUUCCACCGGCAGAAGUACCUGGCCUCGGCCGAGAGGGCGGCGCUCGCUAAGUCGCUCAAGAUGACCGACGCGCAAGUGAAGACCUGGUUCCAGAACCGCAGAACCAAGUGGCGGUGAGUCGGUGGGUCAGUGGAUGGCUGUGGGGUGGGGUGGGGGACCGAACGAGUAAAUGGGUAGGGUGGGAGGGAGCCGGAUACCUAGGGAUCGGGGCCUCCUCUGCUUCCUGCCCUUCGCCCUGACACCUUUCUCUGUCGCCACAAAUGGAGUUGGUGAAAGGAAUGGUGCUGAAAUGGACAGCGACCGAGGAGGAAGAGCGCAGCGCUCUAAUUCUAGCGGCGUGUGACUUCUCGUUUACUGGACAGAGCGGCAGAAGCGAAAUUAAACAGAGCCGUAAUUUAUUCGGGGAGCGGGUGAGAAUCUUUUCUCCCCACACCGUGAUUAUGAAACACUACAGAGCCCAAGGCCAAAUCCCAAAAUCCUUCCACAGGCAUCCCGCGCUAUUUUGGGCCCAUCCGCCUCUCCCCGACUCUCUCUCUCUCCCUUGCCCUCCUUCCGCCGCCAUCCUAAAAGCGCGAUCCUGAAAAGCGGAGCACGCACACAUGGAGCCGGUUCCAGACGUCCCCUUCCAUCCAGCGACCUCAGGCCCACUGGUUUGGAAGGGCAGGCAAAAAAACCCCAGUUGCUCACUCUGCGCACAUUCUGUUCACGAUAAAUGCAGUGAAUAUCUGGAGUUUUUGUUUGUUUUGGUAGAAAUUAAGGAAGACGACCACAGUACGAGGCAAUAAUAAUUAAUAUUAAUAUUAAUAAUAUUUUUGCGCGGAUCCGGGAGUUAAUAAAGAGGAAUUCACUCUCACAGUAAAGGUGAAUCUGCAAAGAGAUCCGUACAACAUUGUGGCUCCUUCGCGGAAUUAAUAGUCAGGCGAGGUCGCGACGGACACGGGGUUACGCGGCAUUUCAAAAAGGACUAGAGAUUGUUUCAUGGACAAAAGGCCUGUCUGUGCCAGCAGUGGGGAGCUGAGAUCUUCCAGUUGUUCCUGGACUCCCAUCAUCCCUGACCAUGGGCUACCUGACUGGAGCUGAGGGGAGUUGGAGUCUAACAGCCCCCCACCACAUUCCUUGCCUUUUGCUAUGGAAACUAAGCAGAACUUCCAGGUUCGGAGGCACUGUAUCUCUGAAACCCGGGCGUCUGCUGAGACGUGGGAGCAAGAAGGGCUGUCGCUUUUGUCCUCUUGCUUGUGCUGCCCGGAUGAUCGCUGCUGGAGGUAAAAUGCUGGACUGAUCCAGCCAGGCGCUUUUGAUUUAUUUGGCUUCCAGGCGCGCACAGGCACCGAGAAAACAGUUUCCAGGGCCCAUCGCCUUGGUAGGGGUCAAUGGGAAAAUGGAGUUGGGGGAAAGGGUUAACUACCUUCCCAUGCUCCGUGGUCCCAAUUCAGACCUCUUUCCCUGAUUCUUCUUGUCCUAAAGAAUUUCGGAGUUCAAACAUGCUUUUGAAAUCACCUGUCCUGUGACCCUCGUAGUGAAAAAUGAAAUACACCCUCGCAACACCCCGAAAUAGCUGUCCCAGUGGCGCAAACGGAGCGCAGGACUGCACUCAAAAUCCUCCACUCCGCGCCGUCCAUUUACUUUUUACACCAACGCGCAAGGCUGAGCUCGGAGCGCAGUAAAAAAUAAACCCGCCCUUUUAUUUCCCCAAAGUUUUGUCGCCUUGAUUUACUCUUCAAGCGUUCUUGAGAGCUACUGGACGCACAUAUAUGUACCUAUAUAUUUGUGUGUGUGUCUUUUGAAUGGCGACACCCUACUCGGAAGUAAACUAUGCUGACUUCCGUGGCAGUUCUUGUUUUUCCGAGUAAGUAGGACGCAGAAGGCUCCGGCCUUUAGAGGUCGGAUCUGCUCUCCUGGGAGGUUUACUCGACGCCUGUCGGCUCAGAAGCGUUUCCACUCUUGUUUGAGGCUGCAAACCGCUCCAAGGCCGCUGUUACUUGCAACGCUUUCUUUGUAUUAGCGACGCUGGCUACGCCUCGUCCUCCUCCGCUGUAGGACAUCGGAUUAAUGGAAACGGACUCGCUUUGCGGUUGCAACGAGCGCCUGGGCCCUAGGACAAAAAUGCUGAUAUAAAUAUUGUGUUUGUGUUAACGGCACGAUAACGUGAAUGCUACGCUCAUAGUAAUGCUAUAAAAACAACAAUAACAAUAUUAUUAUUAUUAGCUAUUCUUUUUUAAAAAAAUUUUUUAUUGAAACCUUUCAGCAUAGACUACAAUAAAAACAGAUUAAUCCAAAAAGGAAAAAAAGAAAAUAACAUGAAAUAUUAUCAUCAUUUGGAUUAAGAGAUCUAAAUCCCGGGUCACAAACUGGAAACAUUACAAGAGGAACAACCGAUUCUGUUUCCUCUGGAAAUCUGUUGGAAAGGGUCCAACGCACAAGGUUGCUAUUUCUCCUUAAGUCCGCCUUUCCCCAGGUUUGGGUUGCUGUCUUAUUUGUAGGGUGAAAAAACAACAACAGGGAUCCACUUUUGGCAUCUCGGCGCAUAAUAGCUUCCAGGCUCCUUCGUUUGCGACCCUUAAUAGUCGGAGGUUGGGCGACAGCAGGGAUUCGGCGCUGACUUCCUACCCGCAUUCCUCACCCUGCGCCUAAAAACAAACCCAAAAUAAAAUAAAACAAAAACCUCGACCGCCUACAAUCAUCACUGAAAUGCUUCUGGACAUUUUAUGCAGUGCUGAUUCAAAGUCCGCAUUACGCCUAUUUAUUUGUAACAGCGCAAAGGCAGGUCCGGAGACAGUUUCGCGUCGCUUGGCCACCAAAACGAGCGAGCAAAGUUCCUGGGAAAAUGGGUUGGAAUAGAUGGACUGAUAAAUUUAAAAAGCUCCUGCCUUUCCCCUCCAGUCUCUAUGAAAACAAAUAUCCACCCGCCAAAACAAAAGCCUUUUAAUUCAGCUUUUGAAAAGGAAGCCUUUCGAUCUGAAAAAUGCGAAAUACGUUUAAAUUUUUAUUUUAUUUUUUGGUUAUAAAUUUGGGCAUUGGGAGGGGGAGAAGUGAGAAGGGGCGUGAGGGAGGUUUUGUAGCUGGAAAUUGUUUGGAAAGGGGAGAAACCCUCCCCUCCCGUUAUUGCAAAGGGUUGUUUUCCACAUUUGAAAAAAAUCAAAGCACUGUUCCCUUUCUCCUAGUCUCGUCCCAGAUGACUUGAGGGGCUCCUGCCGGGUUCAGCCGGUCAUUCACGGCUGUCCCCGGUCCCCCGCGGCUCGGUCAGAAAUCAUGCGCCUCUUUUCGAAAACUCGGGGUUUAUUUUUGUUCCCCGCCCCCGCAAUCGAUGACGACGAUUCCGAUCCCCUCCUAGGGAAAUGCAACCGGCGUUUCAAGAACUGACCAGCAGGUGCAGAGGCCGCGAUCGCCGCUGUCCGCAGCUCAAAGAAGAGGCCUCGGCGGCCGGAUCGGUGCCCAGAUAAAAAAAUACCAGGAUCCGGAGGGAUUCCUGGGGAAAUGCGUUGGAAGUCGAAAAGCCUUGUUGAAUGCCGGUGGCGAUUGCGGGGCAAGAAGGAGGCUUACUCGCGAGGAAGUCGCCCCGCGUAGAAAUCCGCGGCUCGGAUUUCCGGGGAAACUGGCCUAGCUGCGCAGAGCGCAGAUGCGGGAGGAAGGGGUUUUUCCAUCCCGGUGCCUCUUCGACUCCGCUUUUUGAGCCGCAAAAGGAGUCAAAGUGGUUCAGGGAUUCCGGUCCUCACCCAGUCGACCCGUUCCUACUUUCCCAAACGGCGGUGAGUUCCAAGGAGGCUUCACCGCGGCGCUGAAAAGCGCCAGGACUUUGGCUAACGAAGAAAGGCGUUUGGAGCCGAGAUGUCUCAUCCGCGGACUUUUCAAGGAGAAAUUGCGCCUGGUGGGGUUAAAAUUGGGCAGGCUAUUUCCACUAGGCUUCCCGGGCUAGUGACCUCUGGGAGCGCCCCCAAAUUUGGCCCAAAUUCAGGAGAGAUCGCUUUUGGAGAGCGGAGCACGUCCGCGCGCCUCUGUAGACGCGCCGCGUUUCGAUCUCAAGUCCCGGGCGCAUCAUAUCGUGGUUUCCUUUUCGUAGCGCUUUCUUGUUGGAAGGGACAAGCGAGACUGAAAGUUACGGGUGCGGGAAACCAAAGCUAACGCCAGCGCUAGUUGGGCUCAAGGAAUCUCAAAUCCACCGGCUGCGGAUCGGGCGCUGAUUCGGCCUAGAAACCAAGUCCUUCGGAUUAACGGGUUCAUGGCUCGCCCAGGCCUGACCUCCUUGCCUCAGUUUCUCUCCCGCAGUCCUCCCCCGCCCAUUUAUCCUUGAAUUCCUCUGAUAAAUUCUCGUACAAAGCGGGCUUUUCCUGCCCCACUUAAAUUAUGGGGAUGCCCAGGUUUGCGCACAGGUCUACGUUUGCUGGCUUACUUUGCGGGAGGGAAGGAGGAAUGGGAUUGGGGGGGUCGCCUCUUUUAUGGGUGGUAUUGCUCUGCUUUGGAGAGCGUAGAGAAGAGAUUUGGGGGCGGGGGGUCGUCCAGUUUGGGAAACGUUGGGAUGUGCGGCUCUCGUGUUUACUGAACGUUCCUUCUGGUUUUAUCGCGCCAAGUUUCUGGCGCGCGCCCGGCCUUGAUUUGUGGGCGGCAGGUGCGAAGCAACAGCAGUUGGAAUAAAUCGCGGAAAAAGAGGCACUUUUCUGCUUCUUUGGAGGGGCGGAAAAGGGAGGAGGUGGUGUCUGUGCCACGAUCCGGUUAAAACAGCCGGGGGCGAUUCCUUGACGCGCCUGUCGCUUGGGGCGCCCAGGAUGGGGGAACGGAAAGUCCUCGACGUGGUGGGAUGGGCCGGCCGCCAUCUGAGCCCCAUCUGAGCAAGCUGCGCUCUCUGAAAGCCGCACCCCCCUCGCAGAAAGCAGAAUUAUUAUUUAAACGAAUAAAAGGACCCUGUUAAUUCGGAGCCUGUGGAAACUGUUCCGGCGAGCCAAAGGGCUGCCGCUGUGCACCCGCUUGGGAGUAAAGCUCCACCGAACCCCUUCUUUUCUCCCGAGGAGGCCUGAGUCGCGCUGCUCGACCGGGGAUCGCGCUGCUGCUCGACCGGGGGAGUUGAGCAAACUUAACCCCUCCUCCUGAGUAAACCUGGGGCCCUCUCUCCAGGCUGCAAAUCUUCUCUGCCCGUCUUUCUGUGAACUGGGGGGGAGGGCGGCCUUCUGAGUGAGCCCGGGUGGAAUUUGCGCUGUCCAAAGAGAGAGAGAGAGAGAGAAAAGCAUUUCGUUUGGGCUGGAAGGAAGCGGGCAGCCGGUGGCGCAGGGGACCUUCGGUUGCCCCUCGACGGCCACAGAAGGCGAGCGCGGGCUUUGCUUGGGCGUCGUCGGCUGCCUAGCGAGGGGAUCUUCUGAGCUGUGCCUUUUUUCCUCUUUAGGAGACAGACGGCGGAGGAGAGGGAAGCCGAGAGGCAACAGGCCAGCCGACUGAUGUUGCAGCUCCAACACGACGCCUUCCAGAAGUCCCUGAACGACUCCAUCCAGCCCGACCCGCUCUGCCUGCACAACUCCUCGCUCUUCGCGCUGCAGAACCUCCAGCCCUGGGAAGAGGAAGGCUCCAAGAUCCCGCCCGUCACCUCCCUGGUGUAA